AUGAUGUGGUUAGAUUAUCGGCUUCCAAAUGGGCCUUUGCUCAAUCAGAUCAACUUUAAUGAUGGGGAAAUUCUUCAACUGGACUUGAGAGUCAAAAUUGAUAGGCUAAUUUCUUUGAAUCAUUGGGUUGUACCUGACUCACUUGCUCGCAUUCCCUUCUUUCAAUCACUGAACUUUCACACUAAACUAAAUGAACUGCCUAACCCUUCCACUAAUGCUGAUACAGUUUUAUGGUUACCUUCACCUAGCUGCAAUUUCUCCCUUGCUCAUACAAUCAAAUACCUCCUCCUUCCCACUUUCAUUUUCCCAUGGCACAAGACCAUUUGGUUUAAACAUCAUAUUCCCAAGCAUAGCUUUAUUGCUUGGUUAACAACAAAAGGAAGACUUUAUACUCUUGACAGAAAACCUAUGAAGCACAAACAUCACGCCAAUGCUUGCUUUCUUAGCCUAGCCAACAAUGAAUCCUUGGACCAUCUAUUCUUCCGGUGUGAGUUCUCAAAGGUGGUGUGGUCAUUCAUUCAACACACAAUUGGGUUGUACAUUCAGCCAUCUAGUUGGAAAGAACUGAUCUUAUGGUGUUUUGCUCAUUGGAGUGCUAAUGAUUUUCUGGUGCAUAAGCUACUACUCUCUGCUGCUUUCUACUUUCUAUGGAUGGAAAGAAAUAAUAGGGCCUUCAGGAAAACAUCCUCAUCCCCAACCUCAGUCAUUUCUCAGAUUAAGAAAUGUUUAAAAGGAAGACUAGCCUUAAUUAAGCUAAAGAAUGCUUCUAAUAUGAGGAAUGUUAGGAGACUUAAAGACUUGCAGAAACUGUUCUUGGAUGGAUGCAGCUAUGCCUGUGCUCAGGCUCUAACUGUCCCUUAA